AUGGAGUGCGCACAUUGCCAGAAGACGUUCCAGGAAAGUGCCUCCUUCGAUGAACAUUGCAAAGAGCAUAAGGAAAUUCAACGUAAGCUUCAGCGCCCAGCAACACGAACGUAUGGAGCCCGUUACGUGCCGAGUCAACAUGCACUGCUUCAGGAUUCAACGAAGAAACCGUCCUCUAGGGCGUCGGAUCACAACGAGGAUCGGGAACAGGAAGCCCCUCAUGCGGAAGAGAGCGAAGAUAAUAUUGUACCGGGCUUAGACCCACGGAUUAAGUUCAUCAUGGAGCAUUUUGCGUCGUAUGAUGUAACUGGUAUGACAGAAGACAGCCCUUCAGACCGCGAAUACUCGUGCCCUGACUGUGACUUCAAAUUCCGGACUUUGAAAGAUCGCGACGAACAUCGCUUAUCGCGGUUCUGCCAGGGAUGUCACGUCAAGGUCUUUGUAAUGGUAAAUGAUCAGUGGGUUCUACUCCUAGCAGAAAGCCAAUACGUCUCAUUUCAUCUUCUACUGACACUGUCCAGCUCCAAGCCCACUGGAUAUAAAAUUGAAAAUUUGCUACUCCCUUUCGACUGGAAACUUUACAGAUGGGACAGUGCUUGCAAAAAGUGUGGAAAAUGCUUUCCAUCGGACGCGGAUAUGAAACAGCACGAGCUCACACAUCUGAUCAUGCCGUCGAGAUGCCUUCAUUGUAGUAAAGUCUUCAGCUCGCACUAUGAAUUAGAAGACCACUACGAGUGGCAUGAUGAUAUGGAGUACCGCAACCAUCGGGACAACGCUCUCAGGAGUGCCGCUUCCAUUGAAACAGAAAGAGACUAUGUCGAGAUUCAUAUACCGAAUAAGACAACCGAUCUCGGCCACGGGAUUCUGCAUUGUCCCGAUCCUACUCCUGCUAUCCCACCCCGUGGCGACCGCCAGAUUGUGGGAUUCAGUUUCAUAAGCGCCGAGGACAUUGAACGGGAUUACGCUCCCGAAGGAAAGUUCACGAUUCCAGACGGUGGUUACCUGUCAGUGCCUCCAUGGGUGUCUGAUAGCAUGAUGACCGAGGCAAUGGAGAAACUGCAUUUGGAGCGCGAGAAGCAAGAUAAAACACGCAUUCCACUAAAGACGGCCGAAGACAAAGAACACCCUCCAGUUGUUAGAGUAAAAGGUCACGGCAUACCUGGAGCAGUGCAGGUUACGGAUACGUCGGGCAGAGUCAGAUGGCUACGAGGCGAAGGAAUUGGUGAGCUUGUGAGGAUGAUCCUUACAGACAAUAAUGAAUAUGAUAGCUAUAUGGAAAAAGCAAUCGAUUUACAACGGAACAGCGACAUCAAAGGGGCCUUGCACUUUUACCUUGUGGCAUUGAACGAGGCAUCGCCAAAACCCAGAACUGUAAAGGACAUGGAUGAAUACCUUACAUUAACAAGCAUCGCAGCUUGCUAUACCAUGCUGCAUGAUUUCGACAACACAGUUGACUACAACAUUCGCGCACUCCACCUGGCGGAAAGGCUCCUUGGCAAAGACAACCUAAACAUCUUUUUAAGGAUCAAUGACCUUGCGGUGGCCUACGAGGAACAUGGAAUGCUUCAGGACGCUCACAAUCUCUAUGCUCGUUCCUUAUCUGGCAAAAUGAAAAGACUCGGAGAAGGUGACGCGAGCACUCUGAUGACAAUGCAGGAAUUAGGAAGCAUAAAACGUCGUCUAAACCAUCUCCUGGAGUCCCGAAUCCUGCUCGAGAGGGCAUAUCUCGGAUACGAGAACCUGCAAGAGCCAAACGAAGAGAUGGCAUACGGCACUCUCUGCAAUAUCGCUGCUGUAUACAAACAAAUGGGUCUGGUUGAUCAAGCAAAGGAACUUCUUCAACAGACGAUUCCCCGUAUGCGACAGGUACUAGGUCUGGCAAACAAAAUCACGAUUGGCUCGAUUUACAAUUUCCUCCUCAUGGAACAGACUUGCAUUCCGUCUGAAAUACUUACAAUGAUACAAGAGAUCCAGGAGAAGCGGUACGAAACUGGCCGGCUCGUUUUGGAGUGGCUCGCGCGGCAUUAUUAUGACACGCAUCAGAUUCGAAGGGCAGUGGGACUGAUAGAAACGCUUGCUGAAUGGGAGGGACUGGAUCUGGACCAAUCUGUGUCCUAUCUCAGUCUAGCUGGAGCUUGUUACUUGCUUCUGGAUGACCUUGAUGAGUCCUGCAAGAUGUAUGAAUUGAUGUACGAAAGAGCUGCACUCGCCAUCGAGGCACAGAGGCAGGCUCUUCGCGCUCAUGCCAGAAUGUGUAUCCGGGAUAUUCGCACAAGACAGCAGCAGCUCUUGGAUGAGAGAGCGGCAUGGGGACUGAAUGAACCGCGGCUGUGUUCUGCGGGCUUCUACACUUCUGCACGCCAGGAUGCGAAAAGAGCCACCCUCAUGAAUGCCGUCCAACUGUCACACCCACGCAACAACGCAGGGGAAUCUCAGAACCCGGUUCCAAAGCCGAAACCCUUGACAACAAAACAAAUCUUCCUGGAUCCUGAGGGCUUCGCAACCUUCCGAAUCUGGAUGGACCCUACCAAGCUCGUUUCGUUCAGCUUCAUUCCAUCAGCUGAUCUUCAAUGCUGGAUAGUAGAGCCAGACGGAACAAAAGUGGUCUGGAGUGUCCAGGAGAAUUGUUCCGAUUGCUAUUUCUACAAGGAUAUGGGGGACAGGUAUCUGGUUAUUGCACCGGGCGCUGAGUUGAUGGGUAGGAUUGUUGGGGAUUAUCAACGGGAUACUGGGAUGUAUAAAGACGCGCGGAUGCAGGUUCCAGAUAAAGAUCUUCAAGAAUACUUACAGGUCACUCAGGGCCGUGGUGGAGGGACAGCAAGGUUGGCGGUUGUUAUGGUUCUAUGGGAGCAGUGA